CGGAACUUUGAAGCAGAAUCCAUUGGUGAGAAAAAGCCAAACGUGCUGCGCUCAUGGCACGAAGGCGACCUGGUCUUGCGUGGUGUUUCCUGUUGACAUCCGCCGUCAGUUUUGUGCAUUUGUCAUGCACCCGCUCCCAAGCGCCCAGCCGGCACCCCGCCGCACGCUCCGACGCCGCGCUUCGCCGCGCCGUCGCGGAGCCGGCGGCAGAGCCACCUGAGUGGCGCUCAGCCCUGCGGCGGCUGCUGCUCGCGCGGCGUUCAGCCACGCGGCAGGCAGCGCUGAAGGAGCUGGCCGAGGUCUACGACGACGCCAGUGGCGAGAUUUUUGCAGAGGUGGAGAAGUAUGCGCAGCAGAUGGAAGAGACGCCGACUCUUCAGAUGCUCCGCUUGCGGCCCUUCUUGGGAUAUCGUUCGGCGUGUGCCAGCCUUUAUCGCACGGUGAGGGAUCACAUUUUGCCACAACAAGCAGAUAGCCCCGUGGUGGUGCAGAAGCAAAGUCGAGAGGGCGAGCAACGGUUGAGGUACGUGCUGCAGAGCGAUGCCAUGGACGCUGAAGGGAAGGAGGCUCCGCUAGCGGCUUCGAAGGCGCGGGCGCUGUUCGUGGCGCUGCGGCAGCUGACGAACUCCGAUCCUUGGAGCUUGGAGAGGUCGGCCAAGUCGAAGGACGAGGACUGGGCCGCACGGACGCCGAAGCUCGAAACGCCCAAAUACGAGGUGGUUUCUCGAGAUGCACUCUCUGGCUUUGAGGUGAGGGAGUACGCACCUUAUGCUGUGGUUCAAACACGUCAAGGUGCAGAGGUGGCGAAUAACCGGUCCUUCUUCAUGCUUGCCGACUACAUUUUUGGAAAGAAAAAUGUUCGGAACGAGAAGAUGGCGAUGACAACUCCUGUGCAGAUGGAUCGAGACAGUGGAGCCAUGUCGUUCAUCAUGCCCAGCAAAUAUUGGACGUCCUUGGAGACGGCCCCGGCACCGGCCGAGAACUCCGGAGUGCUUCUCCAAGAGCGCCCGGUCGAGACCUUGGCCGUCUCAUGCUUCGGAGGCUAUGCGCUACAAGCCACGGUGGCCAAGAAGACCGAAGAAUUGAUAGACUUCGUGGAGAAGAGUGAGACCUGGGAGAUUGUAGAGAACACCACGCGUCUCAUGCAGUACAACGAUCCCUUUACUGUGCCCUGGAAGAGACGCAACGAGGUCAGCAUCCCCGUGAGAGCCAAAGCGCGUUAAGGGCGUCCGCUAUGUGCGAAGGCUGAGGGGAAAGAAACCUCAACACGAAGUCGUCUCUGCACAUUCCUGGGAGCAACUUGGUAUUCAUAGCAAAGGAUACAGAUUAGCAGACCGAACGAGCCCAUUGUGUGUGCAUUGUGUGCUAGAUUAGCAUGAAGCACACUUCAAUUGCUCAGUAGUUGAGAUCUUCAGAAUGCCAGAUUCCAUCAGCAUUUUUCUUGAUUUCCUGCAGCCUCAAUUCUCGGCCUGCAGUUUUUGCCAGACAUCUUUUCGGGACUAUUCAGUCCUCCAACGCUGGAAAAA